AUGGCAAAGCUUUGCAGCUUAAUCGCCUUCGCCUUCACAUUCGUCUUUUCAUUAGCCAAUGCAGCAGACCCCGACAUCCUAGAUGAUUUCUUGGUGCCUCCAGGUGUUGAUCCCAACACCAUAACUAGACAAUACUUUACAUACACCGGCCUCAGACAAUUUAAAAAAGGAAAAGGAAAUGUAAAUUUAACAGGAGAAACAACAGUGAAGAUUGCCAGAGUAACAAAGAAAGUAUUUCCUGCAUUGGAAGGACUUGGAGUUUCUGUUUUUAAGAGAUUAUAUCCGCCUUUAAGUGUCAACCCUCCCCAUUACCAUCCUCGAGCAGCUGAGCUUAUUGUAGUACUAGACGGGCCUAUGGAAGUUGGGUUUGUUGAUUCAACGAAUAAGCUCUUUGUGCAAACCCUUCAACAAGGCGAUCUUUUUGUCGUCCCAAAAGGGCUCGUUCAUUUUGAGGUAUACUCACAAGGAGCAACCCCUCAAGAUGAUUGUGGUGGUGGCGGCGGCGGUGGUGCCGCUCUAGCGGUGUUUGGGAGCUCAAAUCCUGGAAUAGUUUCACUUCCUACUAGCCUCUUUCAAAGCGGUAUAAAAACAGAAGUACUGGCUAAGGCCUUCAAAAUCGAUGAGGAAACUGUUGGCAAGAUAAUGAAGGCAAAUUCAAAGUAGGAGUAACAUCACUUGUGAUUAUGGGUUAUCUAAAAUUUGCAGUUUGGCAAGUAAUAAAAUAAGCAAUUGACUGCAUGUGAAAUCUAAAUCUGCAAACUAAGAUUGUACAUAAUAAGGUUCUAGUUAAUCUCACCUUUACAGUUCA